AUGCAGAGCCUCACAUCAGCUUAUAAACUAGACAAGCCACCAUGGCGUGUGGCUAGACAACCUUGCCGCCCACGUCUGUUUCUAUCUAUCUAUCUAUCUAUCUAUCUAUCUAUCUAUCUAUCUAUCUAUCUUGUACGUUUGUUUGUGUUUUUUCCUUUUUUUUCUUUCUCUGUGGUGCUUCGCAUUUUAGAGUCGGAGUGCGAACUGAGAGGAAUUACCUCUCAGAAAACAAAAUUUAAUUUAGCGGUCUCCAAGUUGCCUCUAGAAGCUGUCCAGGAGGUGAGAGAAAUUAUUAUCUCUCCGCCGAAAGACAAGCCAUAUUAUAAGUUAAAGGAGGAACUUGUUUGGAGGAUGUCUGUGUCACGACAAAAGAAAUUGUCGCAGCUUUUGCAUGAGGAACAAUUGGGAGACAGCAAGCCGUCGCAAUUUUUACGUCGUUUACAACAUCUAGCCGGAGAAAGUAAUGAGGAUGGCAUUAUACGUCAUAUUUUUCUCCAGCGUUUGCCCCCUGCGUAUCACUCUGUUUUAGCCGCGGUGGGUGAAGAUGCACCCGUCGAAAAGCUGGCUGAAAUAGCAGAUAAUGUAGCUGACCUAACUUCGGGAUGCACUGCUCCCGUUUCUGCCGUACAGACGCAAGAGCCAGAUCCGCUGGCUAGACUUUUGGAGGGACAACGAAGGUUAGAGGCUAGGAUUGUAGACUUAGAGAUACGGUUGCAGAAGGUUAGCAUUCACCGCUCCCAAAGGAAAAGCCUAGGCUGGCGACCGGAGGCGACCCUGUGCGCCGGCGUGGGAGAGGUUUGUCGCUUACUAUUUGUUUCUGACCGCACUACUGGUAUACGUUUUCUCGUGGACAGUGGUGCGCAAAUAUCUUUAAUUCCUGCCACUAGGGCAGACAAGUUAAAAGGCCCUCACAAACUUACCUUACAGGCCGUGAAUAAGUCGCUCAUCCAGACUUAUGGUCAGAGGUGCCUUACAUUGAAUUUGGGUCUGAGAUGGGUUUUCACCCAUUUCUUUGUCCUUGCGGAUGUAGAGAAGGCCAUAUUGGGUGCAGAUUUUUUACACAAAUUUGGUCUUCUCAUUGAUGUACACAGACGUUGUCUGACAGACCCUAAGACAAAUACUCAAUCGUCGGGAGCCAUUCAUAAUGUAAUUCCAUUAUGUCCUACGGUGGCUAACACAGAAGAUAACCCUAUGUUCUGUGAACUUUUACAAAAGUUUGAGAGUAUUACUAAACCGGCUUUUCAUAAAGAUAGUUUACCCCACAAUAUAACACACCACAUUGCUACUAGCGGUCCUCCUGUUCACAGCCGUCCUCGCCGUUUGGCACCGGAAAAAUUGAGUUUAGCGAAAGCGGAAUUUACCCAAAUGAUGGAACUUGGUAUUAUCCGGCCAUCAAAGAGUAACUGA